GUUUGAUUCCAAGUGGAAAGAAGUUGGCGAAAAUAAUAAGUGAUGAAAAGUUUAAUUUUCGUGACAGUUUUGGUAGCAUUAAGUUUGAAAUUUGAAACAUUUGUGAAAGCUGACAAUGACAGUGGAUUGUUAACAAGCACAGUUAUUUUUUCUAAAUUUGAUGAUAAUGGCUCAUCUAAUGAAAGCGAUGGAACAACUGGAACAGAUACAACAACUGAAGAAUCAACAACAGAAGUUGCCGAAACAAAGACACAAUCUCCUACUGAAAGUACUAGAACAGAUGCAACGACUGAAAGAACAACAAGAGAAGUCACCAAAACAACCGAACCAUCUCCUACUGAAAGUACUGGAACACCAUUUACAGAUGAUGAACUUGGAAGCGAUGAAAAAUUAAAUCAAAAGGCUCAUAUUAAUAUCUGA